AUGGAAAAUGAUACAAAUACAUUAACAAAGGAAAUUUUAAUUCAGUUUGUAAACCAUGAGAAUAAAAGCACGGGACCUGUUAUCAAUGUCCCAUUAACUAUAACAAAAGAAAAUUUGGAUGAAUUAAUAAAUGACCUUAAAAAAAAAAGUGAAGAUUUUACUGAAGAUGAUUCAGAAGAUGUUAAUUAUUCUUUUAUGAUUAAUGAUAAAUUGCCAUUAAAAAAUAAUUUAUAUGAAUCAAUAAAAAAUAAUAAUAUUAGUAGUGAAGAUAUAUUAUCAAUAAAAUAUUUUCCUUUAAACAUUUUUAAAGUCAAAAAAAUUAAUAAUUGUAAUUCUACAUUGCCUGGUCAUACAAAUUCUAUACUUUGUUUAGCUUUUAGCCCAAAUAGUUCACAUUUAGCUACCGGGUCAGGUGAUAAUACAGUUAGACUAUGGGAUAUUAAUACUCAAACUCCCAUUGCUACUUUAAAAGAUCAUACUGAUUGGGUAUUAUCUGUUUUAUUUUCACCAGAUAAUAAAUUUUUAGCAACAACUGGAAUGGAUAAAAAUGUUUGUAUAUAUGAUACACACACUGGGAAAUUAUUAAAUAUAUUAACAGGUCAUAAAAAAGAAGUCACCACCUUAUGUUUUGAGCCAUUGCAUUUACUCAAAGAAACCAACAUCAAAAAAAAUAUUCAUGAAAAUAAAAAACAAAAAAAAGCAGAGCAGGAACUAUCAAAUGAUAAAGAUAAUAAAAUAACAAAUGGGACCGAAAAUGACCAUCUUGGAAAUGUAACAAAUGCUUCCCAUGAUGAUAAUCCACCUGAACAGUCAGGUGAAAUCCAGAAAGAACAUGAACAAAAAUCCAAAGCUGAUAAAAUGAAAAAAAGGAAAAAAACAGAAUUUGAAAACGAAACAGAAACAAUUUUAGAGACUAAAUCAAAAGAGUGCUAUUAUAUAAAUAGUAGAUUAGCAAGUGCUGGAAAAGAUGGUAUUAUAAGAAUUAAUAAUAUUCUUAGCAAUAGUGUAGAUAAAAUAUUAACAGGUCAUACAAAUACUAUAACAUGUAUAUUAUGGUCAGGUAUAAAUGAAAAAAACAGCAGAAUUUAUAGUAGUUCAAGAGAUACAACUAUUAAAAUAUGGAAUGUAUAUAAUGGUACAUUAAUUCACGAUUUUAAAGGUCAUAAACAUUGGGUAAAUACAUUAUCAAUUAAUUCUGAACGGAUUUUAAAAAAUGGCAUAUAUAAUUUAGAUACUAUAAUAAAUAAAAUAGAUAUAGAAAACCAUAUUAAUAAAAGUAAAAACAUUUAUAAUAAUUUUUUAAAAAAUCAAAGUCAUGAAAAAUUAGUAAGUGGAUCCGAUGAUGGUACAUUACAUUUAAUUGAAUGUUUAAAAAAUGAUAAAUACAAAUCAACCAGAUUAUUAGGUCACCAAAAACCAGUUAUACAUACACAAUUUUCUCCCAAUGGAAAAUUUAUUGCUUCAUCAUCUUUUGAUAAAAGUAUAAGAAUAUGGUCAGGUAUCGAUGGAACUUAUUUGGCUGUUUAUCGAGGUCAUGUCGGACCUGCUUAUAAAAUUGCUUGGUCAAUUGAUAAUAAUUAUAUUGUUUCAUGCAGUCAAGAUAGUACUUUGAAGUUAUGGAGAAUUAAUCAUUUAGUUCCUCUUUUAAAAAAAAAGGAAGAAAAUACUGACCAAACAAAAGAUGACCAAAAAAAUGACCAAAAAAAUGAACAAAAAAAUGAACAAAAAAACGAAAAAGAAGAUAACACCCAAAAUAACGAUCAACCAAAUGAUGGAGAAGAUGGUGAAGAAAAAAAAAAAAAAAAAGAAAAAGAAAAAAAUGAUAAAGCAAAAAGUAAAAUAAAAACAUUACUUGUAGAUUUACCAGGUCAUUCAGAUGCUGUAUAUGCCAUUGAUUGGUCAAAUGAUGGAAAAUUUGUGGCAUCUGGGGGAAAAGAUAAAGUUUUAAAAAUAUGGUCUCAUUAA